CCGUCGGCUCCGCCCCGCCCCUCGCGGCGCCGAGUGAUGGCGGAGCUGGACAUCGGGCGGCACUGCCAGGUGCAGCAUUGCCGGCAGCGAGAUUUUCUUCCAUUUGUAUGUGAUGGUUGUUCAGGAAUAUUUUGCCUUGAACACAGAAGCAAGGAGUCACAUAGCUGUCCUGAGGUGACUGUAAGCAAUGAGAGACUGAAGUCAGAUAAGCAUGCCUCCUACCCAUGCUCAUUCAAGGACUGUGCUGAAAGAGAGCUUGUGCCAGUCAUAUGUCCUUACUGUGAGAAGAAUUUUUGCCUGAGACACCGUCAUCAGUCAGAUCAUGAAUGUGAAAAACUGGAAAUCCCUAAGCCUCGAAUGGCUGCCACCCAGAAACUUGUUAAAGACAUUAUUGAUUCCAAGACAGGAGAAACAGCGAGUAAACGACGGAAAGGUGCAAAAAACAGUGAAACAGCUGCAAAAGUAGCAUUGAUGAAAUUAAAGAUGCAUGCUGAUGGAGAUAAAUCGUUGCCACAGACAGAAAGAAUUUAUUUUCAGGUUUUCUUACCUAAGGGGAGCAAAGAGAAGAGCAAACCAAUGUUCUUUUGCCACCGAUGGAGCGUUGGAAAGGUCAUAGACUUCGCAGCUUCUUUAGCCAGUCUUAAAAAUGACAAUAACAAAUUGACAGCUAAGAAAUUAAGGUUGUGUCACCUUACUUCCGGAGAAGCCUUACCCUUGGAUCAUACUUUGGAAACUUGGAUUGCUAAGGAGGACUGUCCUUUAUAUAAUGGUGGAAAUAUUAUCUUGGAAUAUCUUAAUGAUGAAGAACAGUUUUUAGAAAAUGUUGAUUCUUACUUGGAAUAGUCAGUAAAGGAUUCAAGCCGGAAAUCAUGAGGAAAACUCUAUGUUAAGUCAAUUUCCUUUAUUAAAAAUACUAUAUAUUUUUUUGUUUUUAAAA